GGGCUGGCUGGGUCGUACGAGGACUAUGUGGACUAUUGUAAGGAGGAGUUUGCGUCGGUGAUGCGCAUUUUUGCCGAUCCGUGUGCCUACCCGAUUCUGUUCCACUGCCAGCACGGCAAGGACCGCACCGGCAUUGUGGCCGCGCUGCUGCUAGGCAUUCUGGAGGUCGAUGACGAGAUCAUUGCCCAGGACUAUGCGCUGUCGCAGGCCAAUCUGGUCUCGGUGCGCCACCGCAUGGAGACGCUCGAUAUGGGCGCUGUGGGCCUGCCGCCCAGCUUCUGCGAUACUCCGGCGCCGGUAAUGCGUAACCUGCUGCGCCAUAUCCGCAAGAACUACGGGUCAGUGCGCGGCUACCUGCGCACUGCCGGCAUG